AUGUUUGCUCCGCUAGGGCUGUUUAAGGGUGUUGUUUGUCCCGAGGGAUCGCAUUGUGGGCUGUUGAACUGCAUAUUUCUGCAUCAAGAGCCAAAAAUCUUGGAAGCCGAGCAAGGCCCGCGCUUGGACCAGACAGAUGUUGUUCGUGAACCGGCGGAGAAGAAGCGGAAACUCGUCCACGACCACGAUGAACAGCCCAGGAACCCUGGACCACAGCGCCAGACUGCGAAAACGACUGCGCCAAAAGAGAUCAAAGAUCUUGCAUCUGCCCGGAGAAAGGUGUCCCCUCCACCCAAGACACAGGAGAAACCUACCAAGACAGCAACAGCAACAGGCCCAAGCGUGAAAAGAAAAGCGCCUAAAGAAUCUUUGAACCCAAGACUGCUCAAAAAAGCGCCUGCGACGCAUUCAGUCCGCUCUACAAUUCUACUCAAACUCCAUGGAGCCAUGAAGGCGCUGAACGAGAAAAUGACCAAACUCAAAGAUCCCAGCAAGGCUUCUCUAAUCUUGACGCCUGAUGAGUUGAUUGUCAUGGCGCUGGAUGAAGAGCAGAAAACGGCAAAUGAGAAUCCGUCUGUGUAUGGGAACAUCAUCAAACUCCGAAUCGUAAAGCUGUCGCGAAUGAGUUUGGAGGAUUGGGAGAAAGAGGUUGUUGCGCAUCUCAAUGCGCGAUAUUACAAACUACAGCCCGCCAAACCGAGUCAUCCAGACCAGAAACGAUACACAACAAAUCUAACAGAAGAUGAAGAAAUUGCGGUCGCACGCACGCUGCACACUGAAAUUAAAGGCAAAGAACAAUUCGGCUACAUCACCCACAUUCCAACAGAAGCCGAAAUCCUCGAAGCGCAAAAGGGUGUCGAAGCAGCAGAUGGGUGGGAGAAGUGUGACCGCUGCGGAGGCAGAUUCCAAGUCUUUCCCGGUCGUCGGGAGGAUGGUGCUCUUGCUUCUGGAGGACAGUGUACGUACCAUCCUGGAAAAGUGUUUCGGCCGCCUAGAAAGGCGACCGAUCAUAUUACUGGUGGUCAAACAGAGGCGUAUUUCCCGUGCUGCAACGAAACGGUUGGCACCUCAGCCGGAUGUACAAAGGCGGACCAUCACGUUUUUAAAGUGUCGGACCCGAAAAGACUUGCUGCUAUAUUGCAGUUUGAGGAAACUCCAGCGAAUGCCGCGAAGGGGAAAAACCCGGUUACGUUUGAUUGUGAAAUGGGAUAUACAACCUUGGGCAUGGAACUGAUACGUCUGACGGCAGUGAGUUGGCCACAAGGCGAUACCUUGCUCGACGUAUUAGUAAAACCAUUUGGAGAGAUUCUCGACCUGAAUUCUCGGUACUCCGGAGUCUUUCCUGAACACUUCGCAUCUGCCAUUCCAUACACCAAAACUCCGCCUCCUGGGGAAGCCGGAGAAGGAAAAAUGCGAGUCGUCGAUUCUCCUGCCGCAGCACGAGCCUUACUCUUCGACCUUAUCGAUCCUUCUACACCCUUGAUCGGGCACGCGAUUGACAACGAUCUAAACGUCGUACGCAUCAUUCAUCCUACUAUCAUCGAUACGGUGCUUCUCUACCCACACCCACGUGGGCUGCCGAUACGAUAUAGUCUCAAGUAUCUGACUAAACUCCAUCUUGAGCGGGACAUACAGAUGGGUGGCGACAAGGGGCAUGACUCGAAAGAAGAUGCGUUGGCGACGGGAGAUUUGGUUAGAGUCAAAGUUGUCGAGAAGGCGAAAGCGCUGAAGAGGGAUGGAAAAUGGCCAUUGGCGAGUUGA